AUGGACAGCAUGAGGGGCAUCACUGAAUGCAUGCAUGUGAUGACGCUGCUGCUCCUGGGCAAACUGGACGACCAGGCCGACCCAACUGACCCCCUUGGGGACCACAAACCGGGCAAGGCCAUUCUGGAGAUGCUGCACAUCGACAGGUUAUCGGGGCAGCGGCAGAGCGAACCGCACCCCUAUGUGAUGCACAUCUACCAGCUGCUGGAUUCGCAGGAGGUCGCAGACCUGAGUGGCCACGAUGGGACACUAGUGCAGAGUUUCCGGAGUAUUCAGGGCUCCCAGUUUGGGCCACCAGGGUGGACCUGGUUCAACGUUUCGCACCUGAUGCCGUCCAUGUCGGCAGCGGAGCUGGUGUUGCUGAGGCGGACGCUGCACCCCGAGCCCCUCAGUGUCAGCGUGGCCGUACAUGCCGCCUCCCUCUCCGGCCCCGCCCUGGAUAAGCGCCCCCUAGCCCUCGACCGACUGCCGCCAUCAGGAUACGAUGUGUUCGACGUCUUGGCGGCACUGACUGGGCGAGGGGGUUAGCUGGGGGGGCCGCUGGCUUUCGCAGAUGAGAGCGGGAACCUGGAGCUCCAGGAUGCCUUGACCCAGAGCCUGUACUGCCUGAACGCCAGUGCUCAGAGCCAGCCGCUGCUGGUGGCCUACCUCCUGGGCCGGCCUCGGCAGGUGGCCCAACCCACAGGCCCCAGCUCCCAGUGCACACAGCACCACCGCUGUGGCUCUGCCCUCAGGAGGCAGUCAGCACCGCCUGCUCCCGGCUGCUGCCUCCACAAACACUAUGUGGACUUUCAGGAUGUGUCCAACUGGGUGCUACAACCCCUGGGAUUCAAUUUCAGUACCUAG